AUGGAGAGAUUCACAGAGGAAGAUAUAAGUGAUUGGUGUUGUAGGAAAGGGAAAGAUCCCAAGAAAUGUUUAAGUAUAGGGGGAAAUUUUACGGAAUUUUCUGAUGAAGAAAUCACAGAGAGAUUAACAAAGUUGUAUGGAGUAUUUAGACCCAAGAUUGUUGACAAGUGGAUUGGAGGAUUGGGAAGAACAGCGGCUGUAUUGAUAGAGACAGACAGAGAAUUGGACGCGGAAGUGAUACCCUCAGUAGUGGUAGCUAGUGAAGAGACUGGAAGGAGAUGGAGCGUCAUAUGGCCUAAUACGCAGGAUAAGGAAGCUACUAGUGCACCCCUAUCGGCUGCUAUCAGCUCCCUACAGAGCAACCCUAAUAGAGGUGAAGAGAGUGGUGAAGGGGGAGAUGCUCAUAAUAGUAAUGCCAAUACGAAUGAGAACAACCAGUUUGAAGCUGUCAUGGAUAGAGUGGUGACCCAACUGGAGAGGUGGCAUUACGAAGGAAGUUACCGACGGUUGCGGAUAUUUUCUGGAAUUACCCCAGUGCCAGUAGGAGAAGAAACAUAUGAGGCUUGGAAAGAAGCUGCGGUGCAACAAACAGAAGAGUGGCAGUGCCCGGAUCGCAUUAAAAGACAACGGGUAGUAGAAAGCCUCAGGGGACCUGCUAUGGGGAUCAUACAAGCCGCUAGGCGUAGCAAUACCAAUGCCACCUUAGAUACCUACUUUGAGUCAUUGGAUUAUGCGUACUGGAUGCUCGAAGAUGUAGGAGAUCUUACUUCCAGACUGCAUCAUACAUUUCAGGAAUCAGGGGAGAAGUUGAGCGUAUUCUUAAUAGGACUGGACAAACUAUUAUAUAAGAUAGUAGAUAAAGGAGGCAUAGCUAAAGAAGACAUUGACAAAAGCAGGAUGAAACAACUACUGCGGGGUGCUUCCACUAUGGAUCCUGUUGCCCAGAAAUUGAGGUGUUCGGGUGUUAGAGAACCCUCUCCCACCUUUAAUGAAUUAUUGAAGGAGAUAAAACAGGAUGAAGUGUUAAUAGAUAUGAGGGAGAAGGUUGUGAAAAAGGUUAAGGUGGUUCUGCCGGUGGCCGAAAUUAAUACCUUUGAAGAUAAAAUACUAAAAAUGAUGGACGAUCAGAAUAAAAAAAUUGAACAGUUUAUUACAUCGCAAAGUACCAGCGCCACGGUUUCUUCGCAAAGGUCUUCUAGUGAUAACACCCCCCUAGUGAGGAGUCAAGGUCGAGGAAAUAAUAAUUAUGGGCGAGGAUGUUUUAGAUGUGGAAGAACCGGACACAGGGCCUUUGAGUGUAACGCAACAAGAAGUAUGAACCGAAAUAAUUCUAGAACCUCAAAUGAGAGUCAAGACCAAGAGCCAGGGCUGGGAAACGGUCGGGGGCGGUCUGUGGACCCCGCACAGGCCCCCUAG